AUGAUUAUGCUGGAAUUGUUCCCACUAUAUCACCUCCAAACGCCUAGAGGACUGGGGAUGGAUCACAAAUUGAAGAUUAGGCUCUCCAGAUGCAGUCUAGCGAUUUUGCUAGUUUCCUCCCUAUUUCCCCAAAUGUGGGAUGCGGCCGUGUCAAGACCCAACGUUUUGUUGAUAAUGGCGGAUGACCUUGGCUAUGGUGAUUUGGGAUGCUUUGGUAACGACACACUCAAGACUCCUAAUAUUGACCAGCUAGCAAGGGAAGGAGUGAAGCUUACUCAGCAGAUUGCUGCAGCUUCGCUUUGUACCCCAAGCAGAGCAGCUUUUCUGACUGGCAGAUACCCCAUCAGAUCAGGUAUGGUGUCCAGACAUGACCCCCGUGUCUUCGCGCGUACUGGUGCUUCUGGAGGACUCCCCACGAAUGAAACAACAUUUGCUAAGUUAUUACAGCAACAGGGCUACACCACGGGCCUUGUAGGAAAAUGGCACCAAGGCAUGAACUGUGAAUCCCACAAUGACCACUGCCACCACCCUUUAAACCAUGGCUUUGAUUACUUCUAUGGCACCCCUUUUACACUUGUGAAUGAAUGCCAGGCUAAUAAGGAUCCUGAGAUGAAUGUCCAGCUGCAAGCUACGUAUUGGUUUUACACCCAGAUGGCAGCUCUUUUGGUGUUCACUCUUGUGCUGGGAAGAACUACUGGUUUGUUCUAUGUGAAAUGGAAAAUAAUUGCCUUCACUGCUUCAUGUGGUAUCCUAUUUUUCAUCUCCUGGUUUGCCAAUUAUGGAUUUGUAAGAUACUGGAACUGCAUCAUGUUGAGAGAUCACAUCAUUACUCAGCAGCCAAUAAAGCUGGAAAAUGCUGCCUCCAGGAUAUUGAAAGAGUCAACCUCAUUUAUUAAACGAAACAAACAAGGACCGUUCCUCCUCUUUGUUUCUUUGUUACACGUCCACACACCCUGUUUCACCACAAAGACGUUUCAUGGAAAAAGCAGUCAUGGUUUAUAUGGAGACAAUGUAGAGGAAAUGGACUGGAUGGUGGGGAAAAUUCUUGCUGCUGUUGACAAAGAGGGCUUGAGGAACAACACUUUUACUUACUUUACUUCUGACCACGGCGGCUUUUUGGAGGCUAGAGAGGGUAUUACCCAGCUAGGUGGCUGGAACGGUAUAUACAAAGGUGGAAAAGGUAUGGGAGGCUGGGAAGGAGGAAUCCGUGUGCCUGGAAUAGUUCGGUGGCCAGGGAUAGUCCCUGCUGGCAGUGUUAUAGAUGAACCAAUAAGUCUUCUGGAUAUUUUCCCCACAGUGGCUCACUUGGCUGGGGCAUCCAUCCCACAAGACAGGGUGAUUGAUGGAAGGAACCAGAUAGCUUUGCUACAGGGAGCGGUGCAGCACUCAGAGCAUGAAUUCAUGUUUCACUACUGUGGGUCGUACUUGCAUGCGGUGCGCUGGCACCAGAAAGAGAGUGGUCCAGUAUGGAAAGUUCAUUACACAACACCAAUAUUCAACCCCGAAGGCGCAGGAGCCUGUUAUGAAAAGGGGCUUUGCCCAUGUUCCGGAGAAGGUGUAACACAUCACGAUCCUCCUCUGCUGUUUGAUCUCUCGAGAGACCCAUCAGAGGCCGUGCCUCUUUCACCGGACACGGAGCCCUUGUUCCACACAGUCCUAAAGCACAUAGGCAGAGCUGUGGAGGAGCAUCGCAGCUCCCUCACACCUGUCCCACAGCAGCUCUCUUCUGGAAACAAUAUGUGGAAACCAUGGCUGCAGCCAUGCUGUGGGACCUUCCCGUUCUGUUGGUGUGACAGUGAAGAAAGUGAUACCCAUUCAUAUAAAGUGGGCUAGCAAAAAGAAUCCUCUUGCAAUGAAACACUGUUCUUAGUACAGACAACACGAGCCAAGACAUUCUUAGCUUUCUCUCAUAAAGCAGCUGGGGAUUGGAAGUGGGAGGUUUUUGUUGUUGUUGGUUAGUUUCCGUGUUAUACCCAUAUGUGCCACUUUUCCUUGUUACUGGCUUGUUUUCUUAAAAACAGCAGCCCCUCAGUGUCUCUCCAUCCCUGCUUUGCUCAAACCUUAAUUGAGAAGGAGCAGCUAAAAUUAUACAGGGAGACCUCUGUUCUCACUGUCUUGGCUUGUGUUGUCUGUACUAUACUUCAAAUUUGGAUCAAGGAGCAUCAAAUGGGCAGAGAAACCCCAGGGCUGCACCAGAUCUUUGCAGGAUUAGAUACAAAGUCUAAUUACACUGGGGAACAAAAAAAAAAUUCGUUUUCUGUUGCAUGAGGUUUUUCAACUGUUCUUAUAUGUUCUUUCAAUGCUGAUUUCAAAUCUGAAAUAGAUUUUCGUGUACAUGCUAUAGUUAUCUUUCAAUUUCCGACUUUUGCCGAUAUGUCAUAUUUACACUGGGAAUAAGUGGACACUGACACGUUGAUCUACCCUAACCACAUGGUAAAUAUUGUUUUGUAAAGUUAAUUUUUGUAGUUUUGUAACCUAAAUAUUUGUAUUUUUCAGAUUGGACCAUGGCUUCUUCAAGUAGACUGUAUCCCAAGGGAAUACUUUCUUUGCAUACCUCCAACUGUACAUAGAAAUACAUGUCAUCUUCAAUGCUAUACAUGUCAGGUUCAAUGCUAUACAUGUCAGGUUCAAUGCUAUAUAAGUCACUUACAUUUAUACUCAUAUUGUACUACUUUGGCUAUGUGUUUAAUAAAAUAUUGAAUUCUUGCAUUGUGAAAAACAAAGAUUAUGGUGAAAAGUGAAAAAAUAUGAAUUGCAAAAAUAACUAGAGCUUACAGAACAAAACCAACUUCAGAUAUGAAAUCAGCACGUCGAAAUUAGGUUAGAACAACUGCAGGUGUCAAUGCAACAUAAAUUUUGUUCCCCAGUGUUAUUCAGCAUUCAGCUUCCUAAAGUUUAGCAAACUCUUUCCCUAACUGUCCCCAAUAUAUUGAAACUUUCACACAAUAUUGAUAGGUGCAUAUAAACAGACUGAGUGCCUUCUGUCCUGGGGCUGUCCAAAUACACGGAAACAUAAGGGCUGCACUUCAUGAAGAAGGUUGCAGGCUCAAUUCCUAGUGUCUCCAAGUAGGGCUGGGCAUAUCUCCAUCUAAAACCCUGGAGAACCAGUAAGUUCUAGACAACGCUGAGCUAGAUGAACCAAAUGUCUGACUUAGUACAAAGCCUACGUACCUAUGUACAUCAAGUUCCAAGGCA